CCGGCUGGUCAACUGGAGACGCUCUACCCGAAGCGCAGCUCUCGAUGAGCCGCGCCCUGCGUCCCCACGCCGAGGCGGCGGGGCGAUGCGCUUGCGCACUGAGAGCUCACACCAUAUGUGCCCUGUCCCAGUGCGCGGGUCUGUGGAGAGCCGGGUGCGAGAGGUGGCAGUGCGAGGGGAGCCGAGACGAAAAGAGACCAAAGUCGGCUGGGGGACAGUGGGUCUGUGAGAGACCGAAUAGAGGGGCUGGGGCUACGAGCGCCGCUGACACACGAUGGGGAAGAAGCAGAAAAACAAGAGCGAAGACAGUGCCAAGGAUGACAUUGAUCUCGAUGCCUUGGCUGCAGAAAUAGAAGGAGCUGGUGCUGCCAAAGAACAGGAACCUCAAAAGUCAAAGGGGAAAAAGAAAAAGGAUAAAAGAAAGCCAGACUUUGAUGAAGAUGAUAUCCUGAAAGAACUGGAAGAAUUGUCUUGGGAAGCUCAAGGCAUCAAAGCUGACAGAGAAAGUGCUGCAGUAAAGCCAACAGAAAAUAAUGAAGAAGAAUCCACCUCAAAACAAGAUAAAAAAAAGAAAGGACAGAAAGGCAAAAAACAAAGUUUUGAUGAUAAUGAUAGUGAAGAAUGGGAAGAUAAAGAUUCAAAAUCAAAAAAGACUGCAAAGCCAAAAGUGGAAAUGUACUCUGGGAGUGAUGAUGAUGAUGAUGAUUUUAAUAAACUUUCUAAAAAAGCUAAAGGGAAAGUUCAGAAAUCAAAUAAAAAGGGGGAUGGGUCCGAAGAAGAUGAGGAUAACAGUAAAAGAGUUAAAGAGCGUUCCAGAGUAAAUUCUUCAGGUGAAAGUGGUGAUGACUCAGAUGAAUUUUUGCAGUCUAGAAAAGGACAGAAAAAAAAUCAAAAAAAUAGGCCAGGUCCUAAUGUGGAGAGUGGGAAUGAAGACGACGACUCCUCCUUCAAAAUUAAGACAGUGGCCCAAAAGAAGGCAGAAAAGAAAGAACGUGAAAGAAAAAAGCGAGAUGAAGAAAAAGCAAAACUGCGGAAGCUGAAAGAAAAAGAAGAGCUAGAGACUGGGAAAAAGGACCAGAGUAAACAGUCUCAAAAGAAAUCUGAAGAAGAAACUGUAAAAUCCAAAGUGACCCUUGAUAUUGGAGCAGUCCCUGCCUCUGAAGAGAAAGGAGAGACUCCCACAGCUGGUGAAGAUGACAAUGAAGGAGACAAAAAGAAAAAAGAUAAGAAGAAAAAGAAAGGAGAAAAGGAAGAAAAAGAAAAAGAGAAAAAAAAAGGACCUAGCAAAGCCACAGUAAAGGCUAUGCAAGAAGCUCUGGCUAAGCUUAAAGAAGAAGAAGAACGACAGAAGAGAGAAGAGGAGGAACGCAUAAAGCGGCUUGAAGAGUUAGAAGCUAAGCGUAAAGAAGAGGAAAGACUAGAACAAGAAAAGAGAGAAAGGAAAAAGCAAAAAGAGAAGGAAAGAAAAGAACGCUUAAAAAAAGAAGGGAAACUUUUAACUAAAUCCCAGAGAGGAGCCAGAGCCAGAGCUGAAGCUACCCUUAAACUUCUACAAGCUCAGGGUGUUGAAGUGCCAUCAAAAGACUCUUUGCCAAAGAAAAGGCCAAUUUAUGAAGAUAAAAAGAAGAAAAAAACAUUACAGCAGCUAGAAAAUAAAGAAGUAUCUGAACCAAUAGAAUUAUGUGCUGCUGUAGAAGUUGUAGAACAAGGAGUUCCAGAAAAGGAAGAGACACCACCUCCUGCUGAACCAGAAGAGGAAGAAGAAACUGAAGAUGCUGGAUUGGAUGAUUGGGAAGCUAUGGCCAGUGAUGAAGAGAGAGAAAAAGAAGAAAACACAGUGCAUAUAGAAGUAAAAGAAAAUCCUGAGGAGGAGGAGGAGGAGGAGGAAGAAGAGAGUGAAGAAGAUGAGAGUGAAGAGGAGGAGGAAGAGGAAGGAGAGAGUGAAGGCAGUGAAGGUGAUGAAGAAGAUGAAAAGGUGUCCGAUGAGAAGGAUGCAGGGAAAAUGUUAGAUAAAAAACCAAGUAAAGAAAUGAGUUCAGAAUCUGAAUACGACUCUGAUGAUGAUCGAACUAAAGAAGAAAGGGCUUAUGACAAAGCCAAACGGAGGAUUGAGAAACGGCGACUUGAACAUAGUAAAAAUGUAAAUACAGAAAAGCUAAGAGCUCCUGUUAUUUGUGUACUUGGACAUGUGGACACAGGGAAGACAAAAAUUCUAGAUAAACUUCGUCACACACAUGUACAAGAUGGUGAAGCAGGUGGCAUUACGCAACAAAUUGGGGCCACCAAUGUUCCCCUGGAAGCCAUUAAUGAACAGACUAAGAUGAUUAAAAAUUUUGAUAGAGAGAACGUACGAAUUCCAGGCAUGCUCAUUAUUGAUACUCCUGGGCAUGAGUCUUUCAGUAAUCUGAGAAACAGAGGAAGCUCUCUUUGUGAUAUUGCCAUUUUAGUCGUUGAUAUUAUGCAUGGUUUGGAGCCCCAGACAAUUGAAUCUCUUAACCUUCUGAAAUCUAAAAAAUGUCCCUUCAUUGUUGCACUCAAUAAGAUUGAUAGGUUGUAUGAUUGGAAAAAGAGCCCCGACUCUGAUGUGGCUGCUACUUUAAAGAAGCAGAAAAAGAAUACAAAAGAUGAAUUUGAGGAGCGAGCAAAAGCUAUUAUUGUGGAAUUUGCACAGCAGGGUUUGAAUGCAGCUUUGUUUUAUGAGAAUAAAGAUCCCCGUACUUUUGUGUCCUUGGUACCUACCUCUGCGCAUACUGGUGAUGGCAUGGGAAGUCUGAUCUACCUUCUUGUUGAGUUAACUCAGACUAUGUUGAGCAAGAGACUUGCACACUGUGAGGAGCUAAGAGCACAGGUUAUGGAGGUUAAGGCUCUCCCAGGAAUGGGCACCACUAUAGAUGUGAUACUGAUCAAUGGGCGUUUGAAGGAAGGAGAUACAAUUAUUGUUCCUGGAGUAGAAGGGCCCAUUGUAACUCAGAUUCGAGGCCUCCUAUUACCUCCUCCAAUGAAGGAAUUACGGGUGAAGAACCAGUAUGAAAAGCAUAAAGAAGUAGAAGCAGCUCAGGGAGUAAAGAUUCUUGGGAAAGACCUAGAGAAGACAUUGGCUGGUUUACCCCUCCUGGUGGCUUAUAAAGAAGAUGAAAUCCCAGUUCUUAAAGAUGAGUUGAUCCAUGAGUUAAAGCAGACGCUAAAUGCUAUCAAGUUGGAAGAAAAAGGAGUCUAUGUCCAGGCAUCUACACUGGGAUCUUUGGAAGCUCUACUUGAAUUUCUAAAAACAUCAGAAGUGCCCUAUGCAGGAAUUAACAUUGGUCCAGUCCAUAAAAAAGAUGUGAUGAAGGCUUCGGUGAUGCUGGAACAUGAUCCCCAGUAUGCAGUAAUUUUGGCCUUUGAUGUGAGAAUUGAACGGGAUGCACAAGAAAUGGCCGAUAGUUUAGGAGUUAGAAUUUUUAGUGCAGAAAUUAUUUAUCAUUUAUUUGAUGCCUUUACGAAAUAUAGACAAGACUACAAGAAACAGAAACAAGAAGAAUUUAAGCACAUAGCAGUAUUUCCCUGCAAGAUGAAAAUCCUCCCCCAGUAUAUUUUUAAUUCUCGAGACCCAAUAGUGAUGGGAGUGACUGUGGAAGCAGGUCAGGUGAAACAGGGGACACCCAUGUGCGUCCCUAGCAAAAAUUUUGUUGACAUUGGUAUAGUCACAAGUAUUGAAAUAAACCAUAAACAAGUGGAUGUUGCAAAAAAAGGACAAGAAGUCUGUGUCAAAAUAGAACCUAUCCCUGGGGAAUCUCCCAAAAUGUAUGGAAGACAUUUUGAAGCUACAGACAUUCUUGUCAGUAAGAUCAGUCGGCAGUCCAUCGAUGCCCUCAAAGACUGGUUCAGAGAUGAGAUGCAGAAGAGUGAUUGGCAGCUUAUUGUGGAGCUGAAGAAAGUAUUUGAAAUCAUCUAAUUUUUCCACAUGGGGCAGGAAUUGGAAUAAAUGCAGUAUCAUGUUCUAAAAUCACCAGGAAAAACCAGACAAAAAUGGAAUGGAUGGAUCUGGACACUGAUGAACUUAAGUAUGGAAGGAAAAAAAUAGGUGUAUAAAAUGUUUUCCAUGAGAAACCAAGAAACUUACACUGGUUUGACAGUGGUCGAUUACAUGUCCCCACAGUUGUUCCAACGUGCCUGUUCACCUGCCCCCGCCCCAACCCUUCUCUACUGGCUGCUGUUUUAAAGUCUGCCCUAACCCAAAUUUGGAUUUUUAUUACAGAUCUAAAGUUCUUUCGAUUUUAUACUGAUUAAAUCAGUACUGCAGUAUUUGAUUAACCAAGCUUCUGCAGAUUUUGUGAUUCUUGGGACUUUUUUUGAUGUAAGAAAUACUUAUUUAUGCAUAUCCCUUCCCACAGUGAUUUUUUUUUUUUCCCCAGCAUUCUUCUGCCGUAUUGCCCUUAGGAAUUUUUUGAAAUAGAAAAUUAGGCACUCUGAUCUCUGCUUUGUGUGAAACCAUGGUGUAAAGCAUAGCUGGCUGCUAUUUACUGCUUGUAUAGUACUGAGAGUCCACUGUAACCAGCACAAUUCUGAACUACCAAUAAAGAAAAGAGACAUCCACCAGUGAGCUCUGCUAGGCUUCCAUGCUAGCGUAGCUUCUCUCCAUGAGUCAUCAGCUUUGGUGUGAGCCCUCAUGUGCCAGCACACGUUAGCGUUAGAAUUUUUGUACAUGAUCUUGGUCUAGUUUGUCCCAGAAAAGUCCUAUCAUGCAGAGGUUUCCUGACGGGGCAGUGAGCUGAUGGACUGAUUGGGCUUAGUGCUCCAAAGUUGUCGCAGAGACAUCAUGGAUUUGGAUUUUAGCUAGUUUUCCCGAAGAAUGUGGGAAGUCCACAUGACAAUAUCUUUUCCCCACUGUAAGAAAUCCGUUAGUGUGGGAUGAAUUCUGGUAACAGAUCCCUAGUAUCAGACUACCUAUUUAUAUUUAUAGCAGUGUUGAAGGCAAUGUGAAGUGGCUGAAGAAAAUGUCCCCAAGUAUUCACUGGCAUAGGAUUACAAAUUAUAUUUUUUCAAGAUUUAGGGUAUAGCCUGGCCUAGAAAACACUUUAUAUACAUUUGAAAAUCUGUACCAUUCUUCAGUACUACUGAAGUUUCCUAAGGGACGGUAGACGCAGAAACAAUAACGCUAAGCCAGCUGUGGGACGUAAUUUUCCCAGGAAAAAAACUGUGUGUUCUAAUUUAAAACAAGUAAAGAAGAUUUUCUUAACAUGCUGCUGUGUUCAUGCUUGGGGACAAGAGUGAGUGAGUGAUAAGAUUAUUUAGAAGCUUUACCCGGAACAAGCAGAAUCCCAGUCUGGGAACUCUCAGGAAUUUCAAAGCUUAGCAUGGAGCCUGUAACAGUCCGGCUUGUAGGAUUCCUCAGCCUUUAAAUAUAAUAAACAGUGCAGGAUUUGCUUCCUAAAGGAUUCACAAAAAGGA